AAAAAAAAAAGAAAAAAAAAGAAAAGGAAAAAAAAAAAAAUCCCGUCCUCCUCCCCGAAACCGCGAGGGCCUGCUCCCCGGGUUGUGUCUCGGGGGUCGUGUGGCAGAAGCCCUGUUGUUUAGCUGGUCCCCGUCUCUGUCCUUGUGAACGGAGACCUUCUGCACUCAAGACCCUCCUGCAGAGAGGCUAUUGAAUGAUGCGUGACCUCUAUAAUGCUCUACCUCUGCCAGAUGAUCGACCAAUUACGGCUGUGUGCGUGGUUCAGGAGUUGUCAGGAUGUCCAACAAAUUAUACAGCCGUAUCAAAGACACACGAUCAAGAUAUAGAUGCAGAUUUAUAUAAGGACAGUUUCUUCAAGCGUGUCACUCGCUACUUAUGCUACAGUAAGACUGAAGGCUACAUGGGCUAUGUAGUGGAGCAUCUAACCAUAGUAAAUGACCGGGAUUCAAGACCUCCUGGUUAUACCAUCAUUGAACAGACCAUAGAUACAAGCCAGAAAGCCUUCAAGAAAAAGCAGUUAUGUUACAAGCAAGUCCCUCGAAACAUGGCCACACAAACAGUCACAGACAUCAUCAUCAUGAGUCGCUCCAAAGUGGCCCCGGAGGGAUUCACUCUGGUGGGUGAGAUGAAUGGCCUCUGUGUGUGCUUCAAGCCAGGACCUGCUCCCACACCGCAAUACAACAAGCCCACAGUAGCAGGCUCCUCACCUCUUCCUUAUGGUGUGAAUCCAAAUGGCAGAGGAAGUAUUGGGGGAGGUGGUGGUGGGGGAGGGGAAGGUCUUUACCCAGGGUUAGGUCCUGCCAGACCCGCGCCAGCUCCCCCUGGCUCUGGAUCCGGUGUCCCCCAGGGUCCUCCUCCCCCACUACCCCCUCGCAACCCCUCUAUGUACUCCUCUCCAUCACAUGCUAGUCAGAGCACCAGCACCUUGUAUGGCCAAGGACAUUCAGCAUUGUUUGGUGUACCCUUUAUUCUCAACAAGAAAUAUGUGAACUCAGAUGACAGUGCCAUGGAAACACUCCCCGUAGUCAACAAAAAGAGUAGACAACAGAUUGAAGACGAGUACUACUACAGCUUCACCCUUGAGCAAGACAUUGUGCAGCGGCCAUCGGCAACAUGAGCAAGAAUAGUUUCUGUGUCUUCAUCUUAUUUUUUUUGUGAGCUUUUCCUCUGCUCUUUAUCAUGCUGUGUGAUCCAAUAUAGGGAAGGCUCAUACAUUUUAUAUGGUUUACUGUAAUGUUUGUAAUGUUUUAAAGGUACCCAUCAGUGCUCAUUAUCUCUGAAUCAUCUAACUUGCAUUCUGUUAUUGUUAACAGUUAUCAGAUGUAAUGCCAUAGUUAUUACUACCUUCACUCAUUUUUCUUGUGGUUGAUAUUGUAGACUUCUCCCAAAGCCCCUCUACCUUUCUUUCUCACCCUGCCUGAAGGGAUAUCACUGCCAGUCUCAAACCAGUUGGCAAGGGAGCCAAGAUGCUUACAUGGAGUUAAGCCUUUUCUUUUCUCACUCCCUCUUUCAUUUUAUAAAAAUGGAGAGACAGCUGAAGUAAUGGAUUAAUCAUAAGAAUAUUAUAAUGACAAAAAUUAUGAACACAUCAAUUAGA